AUGGAUGAAUCAUGGAAAAAAAAAUCCAGUAAGAAGGAAUCUGUUCUACCAAACUAUAAGAUUGGUAAAAGUAUUGGACAUGGAGCUUUUUCAAAAGUGAAAUUAGCAAAACAUUUAGCCACCGGACACAAAGUUGCUAUCAAGAUCAUUGAUCGUAAGAAGGUUGAGGAGCUGGACCUAGCCACAAAAGUGGAAAGGGAGAUUCAAAUCCUCAGAGCGUUGAUGCAUCCUCGUACCAUCCGCCUGUACGAAGUUGUAGAGACACCGGAACACAUUUAUCUUGUGAUGGAAUUUGCUGGUAAAGGAGAAUUAUUUGAUUACAUCGUUGAGAAAGGUAGAUUAUCUGAAGAAGAGGCUCGCCGUAUUUUUCAGCAGAUCAUAUCUGGUGUGGAAUAUUGUCAUCACAUAAGGGUUGUUCACAGAGAUCUCAAACCGGAGAAUAUAAUAAUGGAUUGGAAGGAGGACAUAAAGAUUGCAGAUUUUGGGUUAAGUAACAUCAUGUAUGAUGGUCAUUUAUUGAAGACAAGUUGUGGAAGCCCUAAUUAUGCUGCUCCAGAGGUCCUUGCAGGAGAGCCAUAUGCUGGACCAGAAGUAGAUAUAUGGAGUUGCGGAGUGAUAUUAUAUGCUCUAGUAUGCGGUCAGCUUCCUUUCGAUGACGCUGUUGUGCCUAAUCUAUUCGGUAAAAUAAAGAGGGGAGAGUAUACUCUUCCAAAUCAUUUAUCACGUGAUGUUAAAGACUUGAUACCAAGGAUGCUUACGGUUGAACCUCUGAGGAGAAUUAGCAUUCCUGAGAUUCGUCAACAUCCUUGGUUCCAUAAUGAUCUUCCUCAUGAUCUAGCUGUUCCUCCAUCGGAUGCUAGAGAACAAGCUUAUAAUAAGAUUGAUGAGAAGAUAGUUCAAGAAGUGGUCAACCUAGGAUUUGAUAGAAACCAGGUUGUUGAAUCUCUUGUUGGUAGAAUCCAAAACCAGGCUACAGUUUCUUAUUAUCUAAUACUUGACAAUAGUCGUCGUGUUCCCGUUGACGAUUCCCAAUCCGAGAGUACAGAGAUAUCGGAUGGCACUUCUAGUUCGAUUUUCGAACUUGGCGUGGUUACUUCACAUGUUGGCCAUUCAUUUCCUGCAUUGGUCGAUCACCACAUGACUGGACUAGGACCACAGGCCAUAGUUGACAAUGACAACCAAUGGAACCUUGGACUUCAGUCUCGAGCGCAUCCUGGUGACAUCAUGGAUGCAGUUUUUAAGGCUUUUCAAAAUCUGGAUGUGUGUUGGAAACAUAUGAAAGAAUACAACAUGAAAUGCAGAUGGGUUCACAAAAGUAACAGCUCCAACGAGAAUUCUAACGUGAUGGAAGAGGACUGCGCCAUGAUCUCACCGAUCGUGCUCAAGUUUGAAAUUCAGCUUUACAAGAAAAGUGCAGGCUUGUACUUGCUGGACAUCCAGAGACUUAAUGGACCUCAGUUUGUCUUCUUCGAUCUGUGCGUCCGUCUUCUCUCAGAGUUGGGUGUGAUCUGA